AUAAACGUCAUUGGUUUAUUUAUAAUCAUUAAGCCUUUUGGUUUUGUUUUACUUUUUAUGUCUGAAAUUAUUUUUGAUAAACAAAACCGAGGUUUAUACAAAAUUACAAAUGGAAGUAAAACAAGAAGAUAGUGAUGAGACGUGUCAAGCAGAAAUAUAUUAUCAUGCAGUUGAUGAUAGUCUUUUGGAUAUUUGUAAAAUUGAAGUUAAGGAGGAACCUGAAAGAGAAAGUACACAGGAUACAUUUGAUUAUCUAGCCUUAACGAAAAUUCCCAUAAUGACUGAGAUAGAACCAGAGGAACAUAAACUUACGUCAUUAGAGAGAGGAACAAAUCCAAAGGGCUUUCGCCAAGAGGAGAACACAUUGGAAAGUAUGAAAACAAUACCUGUACAUACAUCUAAUAAAGAACACCAUAUGAAUCAAUCAGUUAAAGAAAAUACAUUAAAAUGUGAAAUUUGUGGUAAGCAGUUUGCCCAUAGACGUUCAUUAAAUCGACACACGAAAAUUCACACUGGAGAAAAGUCCUACAAGUGUGAAAUUUGUUUAAAGCAGUUUUCUCAAAUAAGUUAUAUGAAACAACAUAUGAGAUUACACACUGGAGAAAAACCAUAUAAAUGUGAAAUUUGUUCUAAACAGUUCACAAUAAAAGGUAAUUUAAAAAAUCAUUUGACACUGCACACUGGAGAAAUGCCUUACAAGUGUGAAACUUGUUUUAAGCAGUUUGCCCAUAGACGUUCAUUAAAUCAACACACGAACAUUCACACUGGAGAAAAGCCAUACAAGUGUGAAAUUUGUUUAAAGCGGUUUUCUCAACAAAAUACUUUGAAUUUACAUAUGAGAUUGCACACUGGAGAAAAACCAUAUAAAUGUGAAAUUUGUUUUAAGCAUUUUAGCCAAGAGAAAAUUUUGAAAAAGCAUUUGAUAGUACACUCUGGAGAAAAACCAUACAAGUGUGAAAUUUGUUUAAAGCAGUUUUCUCAACUAAAUAAUAUGAAACAACAUAUGAUAUUGCACAGUGGAGAAAAACCAUACAAAUGUGAAAUUUGUUUAAAGCAGUUUUCUCUAAUAUGUCGGAUGAAACAACAUAUGAAAUUGCACUUUAGAGAAAAUCGAUACAAAUGUGAAAUUUGUUUAAAACAGUUUCCUUAUCUAUAUAUUAUGAAACAACAUAUGAGAUUACAUACUGGAGAAAAACCAUACAAGUGUGAAAUUUGCUUUAAAAAGUUCCCAAUAAAAGGUAAUUUAAAAUCACAUUUGAGACUGCACACUGGAGAAAUGCCUUACAAGUGUAAAAUUUGUUUUAAGCAAUUUACUCAUAAAUGUUCUUUAGUUUCACAUACACGUAUUCACACUGGUGAUAAACCUUACAAGUGUGAAAUUUGCUUUAAGCAGUUUGCAAUAAAAAGCAAUUUAAAAAGACAUUUUAGACUGCACUACAUGCCUACAAGUGUGAAAUUUGUUUUAAGCAAUUGAAUAAAACAGCAAGUUUGAAAAAGCGUUUGAGAGUGCACUCUAAAGAAAAACCAUACAAGUGUGAAAUUUGUUUUAAGAAGUUCCCAAGAGCUUAUUUAAAAACUCAUCUGAGACUGCACACUGAAGAAAUGCCUUACAAUUGUGAAAUUUGUUCAAGCAAUUUUCUUAACUAAGUAAUAUAAAAAAAAAACAACAUAUGAGUUUGCACACUGAAGAAAAAUCUUAAAUCGAUACA